CAACCUUUCGGCCAUGGCAGGGAAGCCAGCCUUGGCGAUUUUGUUCAAGGGCACCGACACGCCCGUCCUUUUGUCUGAGCUGACAAUGAAGCAAGAAAUGUGGCUGGAGAACGGAAGGCCUUUCGAGUACGUCCGCAUUGACCCUCCGAUGGAAGGUGAGCCAAGUGAGCAUGAGGAUGGUUGGGCUGGGAUGGCCGGCGAGGAGAUGGAUGCCUUGUCAGAGCUCAACGACAAGAUCAUGGAAGCUGAACUGACUGAAAGCAGCGGAGAGGAAAAGCAUUCGGCGGGUUCAAGCAAGCAAGGUGUUGCUUCAGCUGCCGAGAGGGUGGCCCGAUAUCAGGCUAGCCUCAUUGCCCCUGACAUGGACCAGAGCAAAGAGACAUACUGUGUGGAGGAUUUCAAGCGCGUCGUCAAGGAGCUGAAGGUUGAAGGUGAGCGGCCUCACCACCAGACCCCCAUCAAGGUACUGUCUGGGUGCACUGGCAUGCUGGCAGAGGGAUGGGUGUGCAAGUUGCUGGGCAUUCCGGUCGAGUCCUACAAUUGCAGCGACCCAAAGCCAGAAAGCUAUUCGAUCGUGAACUUGAACUUUGGGCCGCAGGUUGCUAGCUUCCACAAAACCUUGCAGGAACAGAUCAGCCGCUUGGUUGAGCCUUGCCACAGUGAUUCCCAGGAAGCAGCUGACGCCAAGCACUUAGAGAACCCCGACCUUGCUGUUGCCGGGACGCCUUGCCAACCAUUCUCACGGCAACGGUCCAAAAGAAGCGCAGACAACUCCGUUCGGAGCCAUUCCAAGUUUUCCACAACGUUUGUGGAUCUCUUGGAUUGGCUGAGGGCCUUUGAACCGAAAUGCGGGGCAUUUGAGCAAGUCGAAGGGUUGGAUUGUCCUGAAAGUACUGCAUGCCGCACUACACCAUUGGAGAGGCUGUUGAAGUUGCUCGAUGCGAAGGAGUGGGGUCACGGCGGCUACCACAUGGAGCCUGUCCGCAUGGAUUCUUCAGCGUGGAUCAACAUGAGCCGCCCAAGGACGUCCCCGCAGAAUGGCCACUUCGCCUUGGAAAACACUGGUCAAAUUUGUGCAGCCUUCGCGCUUGAUACCAGCGGCACUGCUGCGUGCGUUGUCCUGGAAACCUGAUCGAAAAAUCGAGUUGUGACCCACUGCUCCUCAGCGACCUUGUGUUCCCGGUCGCGGAAAGCACGCAGCCCAGCCGGGUCGGUCUUCCCUGACGCGCCCGGGGCGUACCCCUUGGCCGCAAAGGUGGUGGGAGCAAACCAAGCACUGGCACAGCCAACAGCAAUGCCCCGUGAUUCACGCGGCAGGAAUGAGAGCCGUAGCAGGAGCCGAAAACCUGAGCCACGACCACGCAGCAGGCGCAUGAGGUCUCCAAGUGGGCGAAGGCUCAGCCGGCCUAGCCCAAGCCCGCGGGACAGCCGUGAGAGAGGUGAGGAUGGGUUUUGCGUGGUGUGACUCCCCAGGUCUCGUGGUCGUGACCGGCGCGACCGUCGCGAUCGGUCACCCAGCCGCCGCGACCGGCGCGACCGCGACCGGCGCGACCGCUCGCGCCGGAGCCCUCGGGCCUUUGGGCCCGGCGGAAGGCCCAGUGGCAACUGGGGCGGAGACUGGACCUGUGAGAAGUGUGGUGCUAACAACUUUGCCCGCCGUGACGAGUGCUUUAAAUGUGGAGCUAAGAAGCCCGAUAACUAGGUGGCAAGGCUUAUCCGGCAGGUUGGCUGCCUGCCGGCCACGGCCACAGCCGCCAGCCUGAGAGUUGGGAUGAGCCCCUUCAACUGGUUCAGCAUUGGAAGCAAGAAGGGGCGAACCCAUUGGGCUGCCGUGUGACAUAUCAUGAACAGGAAUCUAGUUCCUUCGGUGUUGCAUG